UUCAAAUAUUUGCCCAUGUUCUGUCUGACUGGGUUUUGUACAGUGAGUACAGUAGGCUUAGGCUAGUUGCAGGCUGCGUCUGCGUGCAGCAGGUGGCGAGGCGAAUGAUUAGCCGUAGCCAUGGAGCGGAUCAAAGUCGGCGUCAAGGUGCGGCCGCUGAUUCCACGUGAAAAGGCCAGCGGCUGCGACGUCCACUGGCGAGCGGUCAGCGACAACAGCGUCUCUCAGAUCGAGCCGGCGACGGGUAGGCCGAAAGGCGAGCCACACACCUUCGAUCAUGUGUUCGGCCCGGAAUCAUCAAACACUGAGGUGUUUGAAGUUCUGGUCAAACCCAUCGUGGAAUCUGCUGUCAAAGGCUUUAAUGGCACCAUUUUCGCCUACGGUCAAACAGCCUCAGGCAAAACAUACACCAUGAUGGGUGAUCAAUACGAGCCAGGAAUUAUACCUCAAGCUGUUAACUUAAUUUUUAAUACAAUUGAAAAUAGCCAUGGUCGAGAAUUCCUUCUCCGUGUGUGUUACAUGGAGAUCUACAAUGAAAAAAUCCAUGACCUCCUUUGCAAGUCAAAUCGAAACCUCAAAAUAUCUGAGGAUAACGCGGGUAAUGUUUUUGUGAAGGACCUGGAAGAAACAAUUACCUCAAGUUCACAAAUGGUGAUGGAUUUGAUGAAAAGGGGAGAAACAAUCAGGAAAAUUGGAGUAACAAACAUGAAUGAAAGAAGCUCCAGAUCUCAUUCAAUAUUUCGUGUGAUAAUUGAAAGCAGGGCAGCUGACAGUGAGACAGAUGAAGCCAUCCAAGUAUCCCAUCUGAAUUUGGUGGAUCUUGCUGGAUCUGAGAGAGCAGGUGCAACAGGCUCUGUUGGGGACCAAUUUAAAGAAGGAUGUGCCAUCAAUAAAUCUCUGUUCACUCUAGGCAAAGUUAUAGCCCAGCUGAGUGAAGGACAAUCAUCUUAUGUCAAUUUUCGUGAUAGCAAAUUAACUCGAAUUCUACAGAGCUCUUUAGGCGGUAAUGCUUUGACUGCAAUUGUGUGCGCUGUCACUCCUGCUGCUCUGGAAGAGACCAGCAGCACUUUAGGAUUUGCUUCAAGAGCUAGAAACAUUCAAAAUACUGCUCAGGUGAAUGAAGUUCUCACUGAAAGAGCUCUUCUCAAGCGUUACAUUAAGCAGAUUAACCGUCUCAAAUCAGAAAUAAGUAGCAUUGAGGAGGAAAAGAAUGCUGAAAACCAGCAACUUCAAAUCCAGAAUAGUCUCCUCCAAGAGAGAUUGAGUCGGCUGAAAGAUGCACUUCUUGUAUCCAAUCCUGAAGAUGCAGUCCAAUCUGAAAGUCAUGAGCAAAAAAUGAAGAAGCUUAGACGCCGCACAUGGUCUGCGCCAAACCGUAAUGUGUCCAGAUUAUCCCUUGCUUUUCCUAUGACUAAGAAGAAGACUGAAUCAGUUUCUGCUCUCCACGAUAUUAAAGAAGAGGACUCUCGUUUGAGCAUUUCGUCCUUAAAAUCUGAUCUGGAUGAAUCAAUGUUUGCAACUCCUCUUGAGGAGUUUGAGAAAGCCCUGAUGAAAGCUGAAAGGGAGAAGUCUAUUGACUGGCUGCCGUCAGCAGAUUUUGUGGAGGAUGAUACUUUCAGUAAGUCAGUUGAAGAUGAGAUUGAAAACACCCCAGCUCCAAACUACGUUCAGACUCGGAGGAACAGAGGCCACUUUAGCAGACUAGAUGACGAUUUUGUAACAGAAACUCCUCCAGCCAAACUUAGAGCUAAGAUCAGAGAUGUAGAGAAAGAGCUAGAAGAAAUUAAUGAAUUUACAAAACUGGAAAAGCAGAUGUUUGACGAAUCAUUGAUUGAGGAGAACAAGGCACUUACUUCUGAGAUAAGAAGGCUGGAAAGGGAAUUGCAGGAUUACCGUGCUCAGUGUGAAUCCCUUCAAGAGAUAAAGAAAUACCAAGAGGAUUUAAAAUUAUCUGACAGGAAUUCUCAUGAUCUUCAAGUGCUCUUGUUAGACACCACCAAAGAGGUAUCAAAAUUAAAUGAUGAAAAGAAAGAACUCUCCAAGAAGCUUUUUGAUGCAGAAGCCCAGUGUGCUGAUUUAGGUAAAAUAAAGGAAGAUUUAGCGUCCAUGAAUAAAGAACUUUCAGACAGCCGGAAAGAGAAACUGCUUUUGAAAACAAGCCUGGCUAAACAGGAGGAGCAGAUGCGUCUCUUGCAGAAUGGAAAAGAUGAUUUUGAUUUUCAGUUUGAAAUUAUGAGGAGAAACUAUGAAAAAAGAAUAAAAGACCUCACACAAGCUUUAGAGGAUGCUCGGCAUGAAACAAACACUCCGCAGCAUGUGAUGAGGCAUUAUGACAAUAGUGUUCUUUACUCCUUGCCAGAAGAAACAACACACGAUGAGCUAGUACAGCAGUUGGAGAGCAAACAAGAAAGAAUUAGUGACUUAGAACAUCAGCUGUCUGUUCUAUCAACAAGUUUUUCUGCUAAGACUGCUACUGAGGAGGAACUUUCAGCAGCCAAGAAACUUAUAAUCAUUAAUUGCCCAGAUGUGGAGUGCAAAUUUGAUGACGGCCUGAUUCCCUUGGUUGAAAACUUGAUUUCAUCUGCCAAGGUUGCCCAGGAGGAAUACAAAAGCCUUGAGGAGAGAAUGAACUUGUUACAGAAGGAUCAAGGUGAAUUAUUGUCAUCUUUUGCUGAAGUGAAGAGCAGCUUAGCUGUGCUUGAAGAUGAGAAACAAGCCUGUGUCACGGAACUUGCCAUCGCUCAAAGUGAAAUUGAGAAAAUGACAACCACCAAUAACGAAUUGAUGGAAGAGCUGACUAGCAAGGACAGUGAUGUAGCCAAGCAUGCAGUUGAAAUUCAAAGUCUUCUUGAUCGCAUUUCUGUGUUGGAGAGUAGUGCUACUCAAAUGGAACCAGAGUUGAAACAGACGUCUGACAGCAAUCUUGAUAUAUCUAAUCAAAUAACUCAUUUCCAAGAAGAAAUUAAAUCCCUCAAAGUUGAAAACGAUCUUCUGAAAGAAAAUUUGGCCAACAAAGAAGGCGAUAUGGCAGCAGUUAUGAAACUGCUAAUCACUCAUUUUUCUGAGAUGGAUCACAGCUUUGAUGAAAGCCUGAUUCCCUUGGUUGAAAACUUGAUUUCAUCUGCCAAGGUUGCCCAGGAGGAAUACAAAAGCCUUGAGGAGAGAAUGAACUUGUUACAGAAGGAUCAAGGUGAAUUAUUGUCAUCUUUUGCUGAAGUGAAGAGCAGCUUAGCGGUGCUUGAAGAUGAGAAACAAGCCUGUGUCACAGAACUUGCCAUCGCUCAAAGUGAGAUUGAGAAAAUGACAACCACCAAUAAUGAAUUGAUGGAAGAGCUGACUAGCAAGGACAGUGAUGUAGCCAAGCAUGCAGUUGAAAUUCAAAGUCUUCUUGAUCGCAUUUCUGUGUUGGAGAGUAGUGCUACUCAAAUGGAACCAGAGUUGAAACAGACGUCUGACAUCAAUAUGCAUCUUAGUCUGCCUAGUGAAGUAACCCUUUGCAAUGAAGAAGUUAAAUCCCUUCAGAAUCAAAACAACCUUCUGAAAGAAGCCUUGGCCAGCAAGGAGGAAGUUAUAUUACUGUCGGCUACUGAGUUGGAGGCCUUAAAAAGUCAGCUAAAUGAUUUGAUCAAUUCUUCUGAGCCUCAUUUGAACUCAUCAAAAUUGGUCUUGCAUGACACAAACUGUCAAAAAUGCAUGGAAUUGGAUGAGAAGCUUUGUGCUGCAAAAUCAUUGCUUUGCAACAGUAUAGAUGAUUUAAAUUGUGAUGAGAGCAUUACAUUAGACUCUUUGAUUCAACUUCUUACUAUUUCUUUGAAGGACACAAGAGAGAAAUGUAUUCUUCUGGAGCAGAGCUCUGAAGUCUGUGAUAAGAAUUUCAAGAGCAAAGCAGUUGAGCUUGAGGAAUUACAUGAAAGAUACAGCAAAUCGCAGGAAGAGCUUCAUGCCAUCCGCGGGAUGCUCUCUCACAUCAAAGACUUUGAUGAUGUCAACAAUAUGUCGUUGGUAUUGAUGGUUGAGAAGCUUCUGUCUCGUCUGGAAGGAUCUGAAACAGAAAAUUCUGUCUCUAAGGAAGCCUCUGUGUUAUCUAGUUCUGGUGUAGGUGCAGGUGCAUCUACUCAAUGCUUGGAUGCCUCACAUGUUGAGGCAAACACAAAUAUUGAACUUGAAUGUCUUCAGCACGAAAUAAUCUCUUUGAAGAAUGCAAAUGACAUCCUUGCUGGAGAAUUGGAGGCUAAAGAGCUGAACAUUAAAAAAUCAGCCGUUGAAAUGGAACAGUUGAGAGAGCGGAUUGUGUCAUUGGAAAGUGCUCUGAUCUCCAAAGAUCAUGCGUCAAAUGAAAGUCAUGAAGAUGUACCCACAACUCAGUUUUCAGUGCAGAAUGAAAUUGAAAAUCUGGAAAAAAUCAACAAGAAUUUGCUUAGCGACCUAGACAAGAAAGAUAAGCUUGUGAAUGAAGCAGCGGUUGAAAUGGAGCAUUUGAGAGAGCAGAUUGUCAUACUGGAGUGUGUCAAGAGUGCAAAUUCUGGAAACCCUGUUAAUGACAUGGACUCCAGGUCUUUUGAUUCUGAGAAACAACUGCAGUCAAUGGUUCAGUUUGAUGGUGACCACAUGAAUGAAUUAAAAGUGUUGCAAGAAAGAUGCCAUGUUGCGGAGGAAGAAUUACGAGUAGUGCGAAGUAUGCUUUGUCAGAGAGAUGAGGAUGUUAACAAAAAUACUCCACUUACUUCGCUUAUUGCUGAUUUGGUGGAGUCAUGUGCUAAAAAUGUUGUUGCUGGAUCAGAGAACAUCAAAGUGCCAGGUGUAAUUGAAGAAACAGAAGCCCUCAUGGAACAUGAGAUAAAAAUAGACGAAUUGGUAUCAACUAAGAAUUCUCUAAUGUCUGAGUUGGAUUGUAAGAAUUCACUGCUUGCUGAUACAGAAGUAGAAUUGAAACAAUUGAAAGAAAGGGUGCUGGAAUUGAUUAACAAGCCAGCUACUGAACCGAACCUCUCUGAGCAGUUGCUACAUCACAAGAAUGAAGUUAUAAUGUUGAAAUCUGAAAAGGAAGCUUUAGAAGUUGAGCUGCAAACAAAGGAUGCUGUUAUUAAGGAAUCUCAACUAGAAUUAGUACAAAUUCAAGAUCUUCUGAAGAUGCUGCAGGGUGGGGGUGUGACUGAAGAGUGCUGCCAGAAAUGUGCAGUUUUUUCAAAUGAAUUGGCAUCCUCUCAGAAGCUUCUCAGUAGUGAAUUGAAUGACAUAGAGUUGAAUGAGAAAGCAUCAAUUCCUGAUCUGGUAGAAAGGAUCUUAGUCUUAUUUCAUCGUGUUAAUGAAGAGUGUGCUGAACUAAAACAGGAGGUUCUCAAAGAAACAAAUUCAAAAUUAUCUAUUCAAGAGCAUGUGAACACCCUUCAGAAGCAAUGUGAUAGUUUACAGAAUGAGAUUUACAACACCCGUCAAACACUUCUCACUGAGCUGAAGGGAAUGUCAGACAAUCGUAACUUUGACGAUUUACCUUUGUCUUCAGUGGUAUCGGAAUUCCUUCAAUCAGUUAUAUUGGCGCAACAACGUGUGGCCUCUAUAUUGCAACAGAAAGUAGACGAUAGUUCAAAAGAACUAGAGGCAACUUCACAAAGGGAAAAUGAAUGUCAGAUGAUCAUUGAAGAACUUAGAUCUGAAGUAAAGCAUUACAUUGCUAAAAAUGAAAGCUUAAAAGAGGCACUGGAGGAUUUGAAGCAGGAAGAACAUGAUACACAUGCACUUGUUGGAACUCUUAACAGGUUGAAAAUACUAGUGAAUGCAGUAGAGAGUAUUUCUAAUGAUGAAUUAAUUUUGAUUUUUGAGAACAAGUUAUUGACCCUGCGCUCCAAAAGUGAUGAAAUCGAGCACCUUCAAUUAGAAGUUCAACAGCAUAUUGCUGAGAAUGAUAUCUUGCGGGCAAGCAUCUCUGCCUUGCAAAAGCAGGUUUCAGAACAGAGAGAUGUUAUUGUGAAUCUUGAAGUGGGUGCAGAGAAUGCCAAGCAAGCAAUAACAAUAAACAAGCAAAAGUUGGAGAAACUCAAAGAAGAGACUUCCAAUGAACGAUCCCAAGCCGAAGAUUGGAGAAUGGAGCUUGUUCAGAAAGAAGAACUUGUUGUCGAGCUCGAGAGGCAGCUAUCAGAGCUACAGAAGAAACUAGAUGAUAGGUCUGGAGAUACUGCCCUCAUAAGCGACCUCAAAGCAGAUAUAACUACAAAAGAGGAAGAACUGCUUGAACUGGAAUCCAAACUGCGUGAUUUAUCAGACAAUCUCACUGAAGAAAGAUCAAAAUCUGACAAUUUAAGUGAAGAAGUUGUGCGGAAACAGGAUCUUGUUGUCAAGCUCGAGAGGCAGCUAUCAGAGCUGCAGCAGAAACUGGAUGGUAGGUCUGGAGAUACUGCCCUCAUAAGCGACCUCAAAGCAGAUAUAACUACAAAAGAGGAAGAACUGCUGGAGCUGGAAUCCAAACUGCGUGAGUUAUCAGACAACCUCACUGAAGAGAGAUCAAAAUCUGACAAUUUAAGUGAAGAAGUUGUGCGGGAACAGGAUCUUGUUGUCAAGCUCGAAAGGCAAUUAUCAGAGCUACAGCAGAAACUAGAUGAUAGGUCUGGAGACACUGCCCUCAUAAGCGACCUCAAAGCAGAAAUAACCACGAAAGAGGAAGCACUGCUUCAACUGGAAUCCGAACUGCGUGAGUUAUCAGACAACCUCACUGAAGAGAGAACAAAAUCUGGCAAAUUAAGUCAAGAGUUGUUAAAAGAGGGGCAUCUUGUGGAUGACCUGAGGAAAGAGCUCAUGAGCAAAAGUAAACUUACAGAAGAACUAGAAGAAGAAAUGUCAAAAGUCCAACAGAAUUUGCAAGCCCAAAUUAAACUGGUGGCUGGGAAGGACUUGCUGCAUAGUAAGGCAACAUCUUUGUAUAAUGAGCUUACUGAGAAAAAGGAACUCAUUAGUAGGUUGGAAUCAGAUCUUUCUGCCAAGACCUCCCUAAUACAUGAAAAGGAAACCACUAUUGAGUCAUUGCAAAAGUGUAUGGAAGAACUUGAUAAAAACACCAAUAUGCUUCAGUCGGAGUUGCUGAAAUCUAAAGCAGAAAAAGAGCUUGCCUUGAAGAAUUUAGCCUUGAAAUCAAGUGUGACUCCUACUGAAGCAGUUCAAGAGCUGAAAGCUGAAAAUGAGUUUUUGAAGCAACAGCAUGAGGAAGUUCUUAAAUCAUCCCGAGACAUGAGAACAAGAAAUAGGAAGUUACAAGUAGAAAUAAAUAAGUUAAAAGAAAAGUUAGAAGAGGACAAGAAGUCAACUUCAGGGGCUCUCACAGAAGUGUCACUCUUACGUAGUCAGCUCAAUGAAGAAAUUUGUAGGAGAGAACAACUUGAAAGUGAGCUGGAUCAAAUUUCCAAGCUAGAAAGGUCCAAACCCAGCAGGGUGUCUGAACUUCAAAAGAAAAGAGCAUCACUCGAUGUCAAGCAUUCCAAAGAGGAAAUAGAAAACUUGAAGUCAAAAGAGGAGUUAUACAAAAUUGAGAUUACAUCAAAGUCCCAGGAUUUGACUAAUUUGAAGAAAAUUGUCAAGGAAAAAGAAGAAAUGAUUGCUCAGUUGCUAGAUUGUCCUAAGUGCAAGGAUAAUUUGGACAAGAUAGCAGAACUAGAUAAAGAAAAGAGUGAUUUGGAUAAAGAGUGUGAAGAUCUGUUGUCUUGGGGAAGGAGCCAUGAACAAAAUUACAACGAGCUUGUUGAUAAAUUUGCUGAACUAUUAAAAAUUUUGGCUGAAACAAGGUUACAACUAACAAAAGUGGCCAUUGGGAAGAUUCAGCUUUUGUCUAACUUGUGCAAAGAGUCAGUUUCUGCAUUGGAUAGAGUUACUGCAGAGCGGGUAGAGAUGCAAUUGUCAGCAAAGGAAAUAGCAGCUAGGAGCGCCAAUGGGAGAACAGCAGAUUUCAGUAAGAAAAUACAAGAAGCUACAUGUAAUGUAAUUUUACUAGAAAACCUUUGUGCUGAUCUCAAGAAAGAAAGUGACUCUGUUUUAAAUAUUGUUGAUGAAUCUCUGACAAUCUGGAAGAAACUGCCCAACCAAAAGCCAAAAACUUUCAAAUGCACUGAAUGCAGUGCAUUGUCCGAGUGGGGCAAAAAGGAAGAGGCUAAGGUCAUAAAACUAGAAAACCUGGUGAGUCAGUUGGAGGAGAAGAUAAAACUCCUUGAACAUGAAAAGAAACCGUUUAAUACAAGAUCAUCUCGAAGAAAACAAGUUGAACAUGGCGAAGAAGAGAGAUCGAAUGCAUUGUGUUCUGAUUGUAUUAGUUUGAAAGAGGUUCUUCAAAGUCAGAAAAGUGAAAUAGCUGAUAAAAAUGCUGAGAUUGUCCAUCUAAAGUUAAGUCAGCAACUUCAGAACAAACCAUUUGAAGAGACUGUCAAGCGUCUUGAGAGCCAAAUUCUCCGGAUCAAAGAUGAGAAUACAUCCCUUAAAUCAGAAAUGCGGCGGACCGUGAAUAAAUAUGAGACAACGGUACGCGAAACGAGUCGAAAAACAUCUAAAGUUAAUAUUGCUACUCAAACCACAGAAUCUACUUCUGACAUUUAUAGGAGUCAAUAUUGGUCUGGUGCUCCGAGUGGAAUUGUUGAAGAAGCAAACAAAGCCAUGUUUGAAAGCAAGGUUAAGAAACUGGAACAGGAAAAAGAAGCCUACAAGGCUUUGUGUGUAAAGCGCAAGGAACGCAUCGAAUAUCUUGAACAAGAAAGAAUUAAGAAUUUUAACAAGGAAAACCAAGAAAAUGACGAGCCAAACAAAAGUACCUAUUUUACAAGAAGCAGGAAGAACAAUUAGGUUACUAAAUACUUUUAAUUUUGUAUUUUUAAUGAAUCAAACUAUUUAAACUUUUAUAUUUAAAAAAAAAUGAAUUUUAUAAAAGUUUUAAACAAUCAUA